GCAACAUGUCUUCGCCGGUAGUAGUCAAGCAGCUUCCUUUAGUGGAGGAGUACACCAAGAAGGCCGGAGUCACUCCUGAGGAUGUAGCCAAGCUGCGGGCCUGGCUGGCCACCCAACCCCACCUGCCAGGCGACCUCAUUACAGACCUAGAACUGGUGCUCGUGUACCACUACUGCCAACGCAGCGCCGAGGUCUCCAAACAGGUCUUAGACCUGCACUUCACUCUCAGGACCCUCUUCGAGAACUUGUUCAAGGACCUGUUAGUAAACGAGAAGAUCUUCGCCUCUCUUUCUGUCUCCGUGGUGUUGCCUUUGAAAGCACGUGCUCACGACGGCUCAGCAAUCCUCUACUGUAGCGUCAUCAAUCCAGACGCCAGGAAGUACGUCUUCAUUGAUGCACUUAGAGUGGCGCUAAUGUUGUUAGAGCUGUGGCAAGAGGAGGAGGGCACGUGGCCCGGGCUGCAGGUCAUCUUCGACAUGAGGACAUUCAGUCUGCAGCAUCUGGCGAAGAUGGACCUGCAUACUGUGCAGCAGUUCAUGUAUUAUCUCCAGGAAGCCAUGUUAGUCCGCGUCACCGGGAUCCACUACAUGAACGCGCCAGCCUUCAUGGACCGGAUCCUGAUGCUCAUCAAGCCCUUCAUGAAGAAAAGCCUCAUGGACGUACUGUUCAUACAUCAGACUGGUUCUGGGACCCUGGAGAAGCAUGUUCCGGUAGAGGGGCUGCCUGAGGAAGCGGGGGGAGAGUUUAUAUCUGUUAUGAAGGCUAGUGCAAACUUAAAAGAGCGCCUAAAACUAAACCAAGAGUUCUUCGAACAGAGGAACAAAAGGAGAGUUGUAGAGGCGCUCCGCCCCGGCCGACCUAAAACCAUCACCGACAUCUUCGGGGGCAUCGAGGGGUCCUUCAAGAAACUCUACAUCGACUAG